CAGCUGAUCUAAAUCGAAUGCAUUACUUGUAAAUAUCCUUUAUUGGUAGUGUUACGUUUCGUCUGCACCGUUGCACAACACUAGUAAAUAUUAACCCGUAACGCGAACCCGAAGCAACACACGCACUCGCACGACGAAAUGAUCCGCAACAUCGCCUUAAUUUGGGCCGCAGUAGUCGCCAGCCAUCUUUGUUUGGCGUCUCCAGUGCCAGAGCCGGAUCCAUUCUUCCAUAAAAAUCAACACACUCAUAUCAAAAUCCACGUCCCAUAUGAGGUGCGUUCGUACCAUCAUCAUCACGUCGAGAAAGUGCCCGUCAUACACGAGGUUCCCAUCCUGAAGGAGGUACCCGUGCCCUACGAAGUUCCCGUUGUAAAACAUGUGCCGAUCAUCAACACUGUGCCCGUACCUAUCGUCAAGACUGUAGCCAUCGAGAAACCAAUAUUCCUGUCAUACAAGGAACACUACGGUUAUCAUUAACUGAGUAUAAUUACAGAAUGUCCAUCGAAAAUAUGGUUUUACACCAACUAUAAGGGAAUUUAUUUUAAGUAAUGCCAUCACUUGAAAUCGAUAAAACCAACAGUAUUUAUUGAUGGCAAAAGCUUUAACUGUGUGGUGCUACUCUUUAGUUAACUAAUAAUACUUCACGUUGAGAGGUUUAAGCGCUCUCGAAGACUGUUAUUUAAGAUCAUCAUUUUACUUCAAUAUAAUAAUUAUAAGUUUACUAUUAAAAACUUUAUUUCUCCCUUAA